UUUAGUUCCAGCUGCCGAAGUGGAUACAUAUCUGCAUUUUUCUGAGAUGGCAUCAAGAGGCUGCAAGCAUCCGGCAGACGCAUUUUGCUAUGUCUGUGGCCAAUUUAUCAAGACAAGAGCGAAAAAGUACUCUGUGGAAGCAUCUGCUAAGAUGUGUGAGGCCUACAAGGCAUAUUUCGGCAUGCCUGUCGGGGAUAAAAACAAACCCUGGGCAUCUCAUUUCACCUGCGAGCAAUACAAACAAACUCUGGAAGGAUGGUACAGAGGGGAAAAUAGAGCCAUCAGAAUCGCCUGCAAUCAGAAUGAGUGGCGCCUCUUCAUUGACAGCUCAUCCAGGGGCCUCAAAGCCGUGCUGCUCCAUAAUGGUAACAAGUACCCGUCUCUUCUCCUGGCUCACUCGAUGCACCUCAAAGAUUAUUACAACAGCAUCAAGACCUUGCUGGAUGCCUUGAAGUAUGAUGAAUACGGCUGGGAGGUCAUCGGAGACUUCAAAAUGGUGGCAUUCCUGAUGGGUCUCCAAGGCGGUUUUAGCAAGUUUCCCUGCUAUCUUUGCCUUUGGGACAGCAGGGACACCAAGGCGCACUACCACAGGCGGGACUGGCCACAGCAGACCGAGUUCUCUGUGGGGAGGAACAACGUCAAGUGGGAGCCACUGGUGGACCCCCGGAAGGUGCUGAUGCCACCACUACACAUCAAAUUGGGCCUUAUGAAACAAUUUGUCAGAGCUGUAGAUAAGGAGUCGGCCGCCUUCAAGUACCUUCAAGACUUCUUCCCUAAGCUGUCUGAGGCAAAGGUCAAAGCCGGUGUCUUCGUCGGACCACAGAUAAAGAAGAUCCUGGAGUUGAAUGAAUUCCCCAAGAAGCUCACUAGUAAGGAGAAAGCAGCUUGAACAGCUUUGUCGCAGUGGUUCAUGGCUUCCUGGGCAAUCACAAGGUCUAAAACUAUGUGGAGCUGGUUGAGACUGGUGAAGAACUACGGCACAAUGAGCUGUAGGAUGUCCCUCAAAGUCUAUAUCCAUGAUGCUCAUCUUGAUAAAUUCAAGAAGAACAUGGGAGCAAAGUCAAAGGAGCAAGGCGAGUGCUUCCACCAGGAUAUACAGGACUUUGAACGCCACUACCAAGGACAGUAUAACGAGAACAUGGGAGAAUACAUUUGGGGGCUGAUUAACAGUAUAAUAGUAAAUCUCGAAAAACUACUCACUUCGAAAUCUUUUGUAGUAAUUUUUGUAUUACUUUAGUAUAAAUACAUGUGAAUUUUGAUUCAUAUGUUUUUUUUCUGACUUGAUGUGAACGAAAAGACACAAAUUCGGCUGUUUUCUCAUCAAAAUAUCACUGUCCUGGUCACAAAAGCAAAGUUUGUGGGGAAUAAUAGCCAUUUUAUAUACUUUUUAGGCAUAAGCAAUUACGAAAUAACACGUACGACCCAGGAACAAAAAUUGUGUUACGUAGUGUAAUGAAAUGCAAAAAUGUACCAAGCUGGAAUAUUCAGUGAGGUGUUAAUCACACAUUGCAAGCAUAAGCAACCUUCAUAAUGAGUCUCAAAACUCGGUGAUGCUUAUUAUUUAAAAUAUUGCAUAAUGCGAGAGUUAGUUUUUUUCAUUGAAGAGUCACCUUUCGGCAUUAGCCAUCGAUCAAAAGUAGCAUCCUGGGAAUUAGUAAACACCAAAUCUCUAGAGCGCUUAAUAAACCAUCUUACAUAUGAGUUUUAUUCCCCUCAGGUGCAUGUGUGGCGAUGAUUAUCUGCUGAUCGAGACAUAAAGGCAAGGUUCUUACCAAAAACAAUCUCGAUGAUAAGGAACAUUUGACAAAAAUGAAGCACCGGGCUAUUUAACUCCUAAGAUUCACAUUAAGAGCUCGGAUACUGAUACAGGCAAUUAACUUAUAAUUGAUUUUAUCAUUUAAAUUAUUCAUGUCAAGUAAUAAAUAUCACAGUUCAGCCACUUAGUUAUUUAUAAAAUAAAUCAAAGCUUGAUUUCAUAGGCUUAAUUAUUUAUGCCUGACUGCAAAGGCAAGAGUGUUGAUAUGAUCGUACUUUCAAUGCAUUUAUGUUUUUUUGUGUGGAUGAGGCUUUCUUGCAAUAUCUGUAAAUGUCAAAGUGUGCUCAGCUGCUUUGGUUGCCCCGUCCAUUAUUUUCAAAUUUCACAGUUCUAUGACGGGAGCCAGCCUCCUCACUGGACAACUGCCGACUGCCCAAAAAGGUGCCAUUCACUUUAUUGCCUCUGUAGAGAUGAUGGACAGAAUUGCAACAAGUGUGAGUAGAGCUUUCCAACUGCAGUGCCACGCCCAGUCUCAUGGAAACAGAUCAUUUGGCGAUGCUGCGUUGGCACCACAAUUCACAACGUGCCAUAAAGACGGGCCAUUGGCCAAAACGUCGCCGGCUAUAUAGCGUUAUUGACGAAUGUAUUGAGUUUCUUUUUUCUUUUAUUAAUCAGUGUUAUAGACGUAAUCAUAAAAACAUCAGGAAGGUUACACAAACGAGAUGUACGGGGGCAUUUCGUCCAUCUGGCUCGUUCGGUUGUGAGUAGUUGCUCGAAGAUUCUAGGAUCUCAUCGAGGAGUCUCUUGAAGAGUCCCAGCAGUGAGAAGCUGCCACCGCCACCACCACCGAGUUGCGUGGGCAGCUGGUUUGAGGCUCCGCCACCCUGCGCAUGAAACACAACUGCCUCCCUCCUGGCCUCGCUCCACCGUGACCUCUACUGCUCUUCUUGUCCGUGUUGAGCUGGUUAGCAAUCGUCAUCCGGAUCGACUUGGUUACUAUUAUUUAUGAUUUCACGGAACUGGAUUAAGUCCCCACAGAUUUUUCUCUCUCGACUAAUAUAUCAGUAUUUUGAGCAAAUGGGUCAUUGCAAUCGAUUGUUUCUCAGUGACUGGACAUUUGCAACUCAUGGUGCAUAACUGACAUGCAUUUGUUACUCGAUAAGGCUACAUAUCAAUUGGAACCCAGCACUUGUGGGAUAUUUUGUCUACUUUUUAUGAAAUUCAAUGUAAAGCAGUCAGAUUGAUUGAUGAUGCAGAACUCAGUGAAUCACUCCAGCCACCCACUCAGCAGUGACCAGUCGCUUGCUGAUCACUAUUCUAUUGUUACAACAACCGUUACUUAGAGCUUGCAUGUUCUCCCCGUGGUCCCGUGGAUAUUUUUCUCCGGGUCCUCCGGUUUUUCCCUCCACAUUUAGACACAUGCUUUGAGAUUAUUUAGAACACAUUCCUGCGGAGGGAGCUGGUAGGAACGUUGGGUUGCUCGGUCAAUGGCCAGGGUCAACGGCAGCGUGGUGUAUUCCGCAAAUAUGGGCGACUGUGAGGGCGGGCACAAGCCGUAGGUUAAACGUUGAGUUUUAUAAGGGCACCACGGGGUGACCAGCCCCUCCCCACCCAGCCCCACCCCUCCCACCCCCCACCCAGCCCCACCCUCCCCACCCAGCCCCUCCCCACCCUCCCCACCCAGCCCCUCCCCACCUUCCCCUCCCCACCCAGCCCCUCCCUCCCCACCCAACCCCU